AUGACCAAGUUCAGUCAACGACUCAAGACUUUAGAGGCCAUUGGGCGGAGCUCCAUUCACCAGAGUCUGGUCACGCCCGCCUCGCACGUGGCCAUGGCUCGAGCUCGAGCCUCGGCCUUGCAAGAUCCCCGGGAAGCCAUGGAUCUGGUCCGGACUUUGGUGCAAACUAAUAUGACACGUGAGAUCAAAGCCGUGAUGAGCAAAUAUGCCGAGGCAUUUUUCCGACCCGCAUUUAAGAAUGCCUUGGCCAAUUUGGGCGAGGAUCGCGUCCCGCCCAACUUGGUGGAGGAGGUGUGUGCUCAAGCCUUGCGCUCGGCAUCGGAGACGCUCUUUGCCACCCAAACAAUGGAGGCUAGUGAAACUCAUCAAAGUGCGGGCUUGAAAAGGCCGAGUGCGGAAUGCGGCGGCCUUCGACCUUUGGGAUCGCCCGUCAAGAAGAAGAAGAAAAAUAGUAAACGCCACGAGCACUUACAUGACCGGAAUUCGAAACCGAAUACGGAUCUCAUUCUCGUGUCAAAGACGGGCAAACCCGUGAGAAGGGAAGGACCCAAAUGGGAGUCCCAUCGACUCUCACCAAACUCGUUGUUCAUUUUGGGUUCCAAAGCGAAUAAGGCCUUGGGAUUCGGACAAACCCGGGGCCGUCUGUAUAUCAAACAUCCCGAGUAUUUUAAGUAUUCUGGCGAUCAGGAGGAUAAGGAAUGGUUAGCCAAGAACCAAUUGAUGACCACCACUGGCGGCAAAGCUUACUUGAUGGUCUUGGAAGACAUCUUGGAACUAGCACAAUCUCCCGAUUACGCGUCUCAUCCCCGACAACAACCGAACGAGCUCAUCGGUUUCACAGUCCCCGAAUUCAUGUUGGCCAAGAUGAAGUGCUUCAUCGAUCAUCUGAAAACCGACCACUCCAUUCCCGACGAGUCUCUGCUCAAGUACGCGGACCAGCAAUUCGCUCUAUGGGAAGAAGCUCGGAAGGGUCUCACGGGAUUGUCUUCCAACUCGUCCUCGGCCGCUCUCGCCAUCAAAUUCGAACCCGAGGGCCCCAAAGUGUCCAACAAGAGUAACGGGAUGCUUCUCUCGAACGCCUCCUCGACCAACAACUUGGAACUCGAUACGGAUGAGGAGCAGAAAGUUCAGGUCCAAGAGAUCCUCAACGAGAUCAAGAAAGAGGAAGCUGCCGUGGCCGCAGCUUCGGUCAGCGAUUCGGUCGCCACGGCCUCGAGCUCCGGGGGGGCCGAAGAUGUGGAUUUGGGCUUUUUGCACGGCAUGAACUUGAAUCACUUGGUCCGGGAAUUUGAACUAGAUGCCUCGGGAAGUGCGGCUGAACACUUGUCGGGUCUGUUGUCUUUGGCUGCCGAUGACGUGAGUGGCGAGGAGGUCUUUCCGGAUUUAGUGCAUGAACCCGACGAUCUGGGGCCGAAUGCGGACAAGGUCAACAAGUCGAAUUCGGACAGCGAGAAUUCUGCUAAAUUUGCAGGUGAACACCGCGAGGUAAAUACAUCUGGCACUACGGUGAAUGGCGGGUCAGUGGCCUCGAAUACCACCCUUGAAGCUUUGGACAGCCUUCAGUUUCCUUGACGGCAGAUUCUCUCUCAAUCAAUCCGCUCCACUAAAUAGAAUCCACAAUUAACAUGCUCUCUUUCAUGCUCCAUUUUCACUUGUAGUUUUGCGCUUGCGAAAAAUUCAUACGGCAUUUCAAUAAAAUGGUCAUUCAAUGAAA